AUGUCCAUCUUUGGCCGGUCCCGAUCUCGAUCCCCUCCAGCAGACUCGUCGUCAAGCCCACGUCCUAUGACACCCGUCUCGACCAACGCCUCGGUUCCUCGCUCAGAUCGUCGGCAUACUUCUGGUGGUCUUCGAUCUCUAUUCUACAAGCACCGCACUCGAGAACCCGAGUUUGACAUCGUGUCGCCCUCGUCUCUGGCUCUUUCGAAGCCAGUCCAUCCUCGCAUCUCACGUUUGACGAAAGCCUUCGCGGACUCGAUGAGUGCGAACCAGCUCUCAAAUUUCCUGACGUGGAUGCUGUAUUACGAGCUCGUCGAACUGCCCGAAGAUCCUGAUGUGUGGUACAACCUUGCAGAUGCAGUGCAGAUGCAUGGCUGGAUCGGCCUGGGUGAAUUCUUAUCGAAUUCCUCCACCUCUAUGGACACGAGCUAUGGUUUCGACCUUGUCGUUCUAGACUCUAUCUGUGAUCGGCUUCAACUCCAGCGAAGCACUGUGCACGGCUUCUUGAUCCAGUUCGCAGAUCCCGAUAAGAUGUCGUUCUCCCAGAUCGCCACGUUGGUCAACACUGCUACGGUAGAGGAGAAGACUGAGAUUCAUAUUUUGGAGGCCGUGCAGUCCAAACUGCUCGAAUAUGCUAAACUGGCUCUGCGUAUCAAGCCUAGGCAGGGCACUAUCUACGACAGUUGGCACGCCGUUGUGAUGAAGCGCAUCGAUGCUCUCCUACGCCUUGUCAUCAAACCGCGCAUUGCACAUCUAUUUUCCGGCGCUCCACUCAUUACGGCUUCUACCUCUGGACAAGUACCACAGUCUGUGAAGGAUGGCAUCAAGCUGAACUAUCUUUACGAGGUGAUGCAGCAGAAGCGUCCUGUGCCGUUACGCCGCUAUGGCAUUCUUUACCCAGCACGAGAGCCAGAGUCCGACCCAGCAACACCACCAUCAUCACCACCAGAUGCGCAUCCCGCCCCAACUCCCGAAGCAGAUGCAGAGCAAUUCAUAAACCACUCAUUCCAACUCAUGAUUGACAACCGCGAUCUCCGCGCCAAAGUCGCCAUUCUCCAAGAAGAAGUGAAGACACUCCAAGCUUCCAACUACAAGAUGGCGCGUAAAUUGGCAUCCGCAGAAUACCCGCCCUCUUCGCAUUCGCCAGCUCUCGAUGAGUCUAUCUCACCGACACCUCCAUCCGACCCAACACACCUCCAACUCCCCAUUCCCCGCGCCCGCCCACGCUCCCUCUCCCAUGCCACAGCCGAAAAACUCGCAGCCCAACUCGCUCCCAAGACCCCAACCCACACGCGCCACCGCUCCGAGGCGCUGGCCGCCUACGCCGCCCCUGAGAUUGUCGGAUCCGGCGACGGGCGAGUUGUUGCUACCUUCGCCUGGGAGGAGCAGGAGGAGUGGCAUGGUGUUUAG